CCUGAACAACAAGUUCUGAGAGUUAAGCGCCCAGAGAUUCCGACCAACAACCAGCCUUCCUUUUCCUCGCCGCACUACGACUUCACACGAAUUCUACUCGAUAACCCUCCCGACGAGAAAUUAGGGGUCUUUCCGAAAAUAAACAGGCGCAUAUAUUGGGACGAACGGCUCGGAAGGAUCAACUCUCCCCUAUCAAACCAAGGGUAUCGUGGGUUAGGCCAUCCAUACUCGACAGCGGGGCGCGUCGAUACUCAACAACAAGAAGCACAACUCUAAUUCCUCGCUGGGACGUGUCAUAAGUUGUUUUCAUUCGAAUUCCGAGACGCCAUGUCGCUGCCGCCGAGUUCGCCUCGGCUGCCUAGCCCGCCGCCUCCCGCCGAGAUUCAACGAACACCGAAGUCGCCCUUGAUGGGCCCCAAUGCAGCCCGGCAGACUGCCCAAAUCGAACAGACGGCCAUUGAUACCAAUGCCAAGCGGCGCAUCCACCCGGGCACAAAGUCGGCCGAGAUGGCUGCUGGCCCUCCGCUCGUUCCGUUGCAUGAGCUCGACUCGGCCUUCCAACUUCAGGAACACCUGGCAGCCCUGCAUUACUACCAUACGGCGAGCCAUACGACCCCCAUCAGUCGUGAUACCGCAAAAGUGUUGGCAACCCCGCCGCCCGGCAUCGACAAGACACUAUGGCUGUACGAACUCUGUCGCUUCCUGAUCGCCCAGUGCAACACCCUGAUCGUCGGCUUUCUGUUCGAUACGCCGCCUUGCAGCGCUGCUACUUGCCCCGAGAUGCGUGCUGGCGAGUGGCAGUUCCUAUGCGCUGUGCACGACGCCCCCAAGAGCUGCUGCGCCAUCGAUUAUUGCUGCCACACCCUUGAUUGGGCCACCAAUGUCGUGACGAACCCCAAGAUCUUCCCGAGUCGCUUCGUCGUCGACGCUCACGAUAAGAACACGGCCCUUAAGAACCUGGUCAACGUGUUCCGCCGCCUGCACCGCAUCUUCGCGCACGCCUGGUUUCAGCACCGCGGCGUGUUCUGGUCCGUCGAGGGCCAGGGUGGUCUCUAUGUCUUCUUCAAAACCGUGUGCGAUGUCUACGACCUGCUACCGGCGGAGAACUACAAGUUGCCGCCCGAAGCUGAAGGCUUGGACAGCAACACAGGGGCGGGAGAUCUCGGGGACCGAAACGACAGGAGGCCCCAGCAGCAGCAGCAGCCACAGCAACUGCUCGGCCCUAUCUCAAUCGCGAAACCUCCAGCUCAACGCGAUGCCGAGGACGGGGAUUACUCCAUGAACAGGAACAACACGAGAAGACACAUUAAGAGCAGUCCCUCGACAGGAAGCGCCGUCACGACGGUGCCCGAGGCAGACGAAGACGACUCAUCCGACCUAUCCCACAGGCUACGCGGGAUGCGCAUCUCAGCGCCCCCGUCCGUGGCCGAGGAGGAAAGGGAAUCGGCCAACAUCCCGGUGAUAGUGGAGCACAAGCCCAUGGCCGCGGGGGAACAUCCGGUCCGACCGCCCAGCGUAAUCCCACCGCCCGGGGCCGAAUCAGAUGAGAGCCAGCCAAAACAGAAACCGGUCCCGGCGCCAGCACCGGAGGUCGCCAUGCAAGAAGCCGCUGAAGCACCGGGGCCAGAACACGAAUUCGCCGCCGAGCCGGAAGCCCCAACCCAGGAACACCAGCCCGAACCCGAACCCGAACCCAAGCCCGGGGGAGAGGAGGAGGCUCAGUCCACAGAAGAGCCCAACACUGCUCCUGCUACUACCGAGGAGCCCGCGCCAGAGAGCAAAGAACCCGAACCAGAACCCCAAGAGGCAGCGUCCACUGCGGAGGCGAGCGGCGAGCCCGACGCGGAAGAGUCGGAUGCGGAGACGGUGAUAGAGCCGGCCGAAAAGUCGGUACCGGAGGAGGCACCUUCAUACCUGCCACUGACCGACGAAAAGAAAGACGAGCAAGCGCCAGAGCCGGACGCCGAGCCACAGGCCGCUACCACUGCCGCGAGUAGUGCCGCUCAGGAGAAGGACACUACAGAGGGGGUCACGACGGCCGGGGAGGAGGAGGAGGGGGAAGCUGGUCAGGUAGCACCGACUGGCGAUGCCAAGACCGAGGCGGAGAAGGAUAAGGAUGGCGAAGGAACAGAAGCGGACACCGCAGCGGAAGAAAGCGAGAGGGGCGCCGAGGAGAAGCCGGCUGGGGUGGAGCCGACCGAGGACAAGAAGCCUGUCGAAGAGAAGGGUGAUCAGGAUUAGGUUCUCUCUCUUUUUGAGGCAUUCCGACGCCCGGCUAAUACCCUAGGGUUCUAUUCUAUUCUGCACGCUGUGUGUGUAAUAAUAUGAGUACUUUUGGAGCGAUACUCAAUACUCAGGUGUUGUCAGUUCAGUACCGCGCUUAUCGGAUCGAGUGCGAGCGCGGUGAAGGCGACGGAACACUUGGAGUCAGCUAUAUGAACGGUUCAUUAAAU